GCGGCCUCUUGCGCGAAAGGGAGAACACGCCGGCUUUUGAGAGAGAGAGGCCAAACUACUAUUGCCUAUCUGCAGGCAGGCUCUAUGCCUCCUGGGAGUGGCCUGAAAGCCCCACAGAUAGACGCUUAGCUAUCUGCGCUCAUGAAUAAUCAAGAGAGGCCUCGACCCCGGCUAGACUGGCAAUUUCUCCAACGUUUUAUACAGAUCCAGAAAAUUUUAUUUUCCACAUGCUCCUCCAAGAAUACCCUGAUGUUCCUAACCUUGGUGGGAGUUGCCCUUUUGGAGCAGCUGAUCAUUUACCAAGUGGGGCUGAUCCCCAGCCAGUAUUAUGGGGUUCUGGGGAGCAAAGACUUCUCUGGAUUCCAAAAAAUAACCAUACUUGCUCUGAUGCUCAUUAUAUUGAACUCUAUGUUAAAGAGCUUUGACCAGUUCAUCUGUAACUUGAUGUAUGUGAGUUGGAGAAAGACGCUUACAGAAUACCUCCAUGGCUACUAUUUCCAGGGCCAGGUGUAUUACACAUUGAAUAUUCUGCAUGAGGAAAUUGAUAAUCCAGACCAACGAAUCAGUCAGGAUGUGGAGAGAUUCUGCAAACAAUUGAGCUCUAUAGCCAGUAAGCUGGUUGUCUCACCCUUCACACUUGCUUACUACACCUAUCAGUGCUUUUACAGCACUGGCUGGAUGGGUCCAGUGAGUAUCUUUGGGUAUUUUUUCAUUGGAACCAUUGUCAACAAGAUCUUGAUGAGCCCCAUUGUUUCAAAACUGGUGCAACAGGAAAAGCUGGAAGGUGAUUUCAGGUUUAAACAUAUGCAGUUACGGGUGAAUGCAGAAUCUGCUGCUUUCUACAGAGCUGGUGAAGUGGAGCACAUGAGAACUAAUCGCAGGCUGCAAAAUCUUCUGCAAACUCAAAGGGAACUGAUAGGCAAGGAACUACUGCUAUACAUUGGAAUCAACACCUUUGACUAUCUGGGCAGCAUCCUGAGUUAUGUGGUGAUUGCCAUUCCCAUAUUUAGUGGCAUCUACAAUGAUCUAGAUCCAGCAGAACUGAGCUCCUUGGUUAGCAAGAAUGCCUUUGUCUCUAUUUACCUGAUUGGCUGCUUUAGUCAGCUCAUCGACCUCUCCACCACCGUAUCGGAUGUAGCUGGGUACACACACAGAAUUGGGGAACUGCAGGAAAUGCUUCUGAAACUAUCCAAGAAACAAAAUGACUCUGAAUUGCAAGCCAAAUGGGAUUUCAACAGUGUUUCCAAAGAGAAGAUGAAUCCCAGUGAUACAGCCUUCCUCCUGGAGCACGUCUCUAUCUCGGCUCCUUCAGAGAAGCUGCUUAUCAAGGACAUGAACCUGAGAGUCACACAAGGGAACAGUCUGCUAAUUACUGGCAACACAGGCACAGGGAAGUCUUCUUUACUGCGUGUCCUUGGAGGUCUCUGGAACAGCCAAGAGGGGAAUGUCCACAUGCUAACUUGCUUUGGCCCCCAUGGAAUGGUGAUCUUGCCACAGAGGCCUUUUUUCACAGAUGGGACCCUGCGAGAACAGGUGAUAUAUCCUUUGAAGGAAAUCUAUCCAGAUUCAGGGUCUGCAGAUGAUGAAAGGAUACUGAGAUUCCUGGAACUGACUGGUCUGUCUGACCUGUUGUUGAGGACGGGAGGUUUGGACCAACCAGUGGACUGGAACUGGUAUGAUAUUCUGUCUCCAGGUGAAAUGCAGAGGCUAUGUUUUGCCCGGCUUUUCUAUCUCCAACCUCAGUAUGCAGUACUAGAUGAAGCUACCAGUGCACUGACGGAGGAAGCAGAAAAUGAACUGUACAAGAUCUGUGCCCAACUAGGGAUGACUGUGGUCAGUGUGGGACAUCGUAGCAGUCUGGAAAAGUUCCACAGUUGGAUUUUGAAACUAUGUGGAGAAGGAAAAUGGGAACUAACAAGAAUCAAGAAAGACUGAACAACUAGCCAGCAAUAAUGUAAUUAAAGCUUCUGUUGGGUCCUGUUACUAAAGUGCCUUGAAUCAACAUGCCUUUAAGGAAGGCCAUUGGCUCAGGAUCUGGAAUUUCAUAGCCAAGAGUUGGCAAUGAGGCUUCUGCAACUGCUGAAGAGCAACUGAAGAGCUCUUAUUCUAGCCAUUUACAUGAAUUGCCUCAAUGAUUGUUUUUACUACUCUGUCAAUACUUCAAUGAGAGAAAAAGAAAGGGAUUCUUCUUCCAUCUGUGCAUUGUACUUGAAAUGAGAACAGCCUUGAAAAUGCCAAAGUUGUGCAGCAGCGAUGAUGGAAGUGUCACAAACUCCUCUCAACUGAAGCUAUCUAUUUUUUUAGAUUAGUUUCAUGCUCUUUGCCUGAGCUCAACCUCCAUAAGGGAUGUCAGAAUCUCCACUAUUAACUAACUACCUCACGAUUGUAGAUGUGCAUUCAUUUUAUUUGUGGAAGUUUGUUGAAAGUAAGAUGAAAAUGAAUCAAACCUUUCACAAAGAGCCUUUAGUAGAAGACUUGUUAAAUGUUAAAUAUAGAUCAUGUAAGCAUUUAUUUAACAAAAUGGAAACAUUUGAAAUCCUAUCAGCCUUUAUAUCAUGGCAAAGUUCUUCCCUUAGCUGCUGAGUUUACAUCGAAAGAAUCACAGCUGGCAGGGCUGUAGGAUGAGAAAUGAUGACAAAUCUGUGCCCCAUAUUGAUUGAAAUUCAAAAUACAAACAGCAUGGGGUCCAAUAGACAAACAUGCCAUGUUUUUAAUAAUUAGAUAGCUAGAUAGACAGACGUUCUGUAUCCACCCUUUUAUAUUUCCCUCUCCUUUCUCUUUUAUGAGCAUGUCCAAAAGUUUCCAGUGUUCAAAUUGGAAUCUCUCCUCCCACCGUUGGAAUAAAGUUGAAAAACAUUCCUGA